AUGCGAGCGUCUAAUUUCUCUUGGUUUCUUCAUUUUCAACCGGAAGUCUAUCUUGAGGGUUUUAAAACCGCCAGUUUCUCAGCAUCGUCACUUCAUCAAAUUCAAGUUUUCAAAGCAAGCAAAGUGGAGUGGGAACAAGCAAACGGCGAGCCGUCGGGCGGUGCGUCGUCGUCGAGUAGGUUCAAUGGGCAAGAGCUGUCGGUGAGAGACGUUUUGAUGGGAAAUGUGCCGAUACAGGACAGAAAUCGUAUACUUCUCGAGCAACAACAUAGAGCUCGUGAAGCAGCCGACUCUCAUGCGAGGUCACUGUCGAUGGGAGCUGAAAGUCGCCGCAAUGGGACAGAGUUCCAACAAAUGCGGAUGAACGGAUUCAAUGGUCAUUAUCAAACAGGCACAAUGCAACCAGGACCCAACGGAGCAUUGGUUUACGUUCCCAACACUCACCAUCAUUUUGAUAACCGAAGAGAAUACACAGACCCCCCACCGCUUUUAGCUCCGGGUGUUGUGUCGGAUAUGGCAGAAGACGGAGAUAAUGACUCGAUUCUGGACUCAAUUUCAAGCGUUAUUGAAGCUGGAAAGACAAUAAUCCAUAUUCGUGACAUCCAGAAAGCCGCACAAAAACCGACGACUUCACCAAAACCAACUCCUAUAAAAAAGGAGCAUCGUCAGAAGCCGGCAGUUGCUCCGAAACUGCCAAAUGUUCAAGUUCGACCGGUCUACCCAAUUCAGUAUCUCGUUCAGAAGACACCCAACCAAAAACAGCUUCAACCUCAACUACCGCCACCGAAACCAGCCACCCGGCCUCCACUAUUUCAAUUCGAAAGAGCUAACUUACCGCCAAACAACAAUACUCCAUCGACGAGCCAAAAUCAAGCUGUCAGCCCGGUGUCUCAUCAGAAUUCACCAGUGGCUAUCUCGCCUGUCACAGUUCAGCCUAUCACAGUUCAACCGGUCAUGAAUAAGCCAACGAGCACCCAGCAAGUGAGCCCGGUUCAACAUGUCAGCCCAAUGCAACACAAUACUUCACAGCCACCAACUGUUCAAAAUCCACAAGUGGUUUCAUUGCAGCCGAAUGUCCCACUUCGAGUGAAUGUUCCAAGUCCACCACAGCACAUCCCUCCGAUGCAGCAAAGUCUGCCGACCCAACCAGUGGCUCCUACAACGUCAGAACCAUCCAUCGCCCAAGUUCCACGUGCUCUACCGACGAUUCCAUCUGGAUCCCAUAAUCCACCAAUUCGACCAUUCAACCCGGCACAACGUUUCAUGCCACAGCCCUAUGUUCACAAGCAGCCUCCUAUCCAAUUCCAGAGAGAUCUUCCAAUGCAACCAGUUAUUCAAAAGCAAUCACCAACUCAACAAGUCAGCCCAAUGCAAUCCUCUCCGGUUCAAUCUAUUUUCCCAGUGCAAUCCAGCUCCUCUCCGGUUCAACAAGUCACACCACAAGUUGGUGCUACACCACCAUUCUUCCAUCAACCACCACCACCUCCACAAUUCCUAGCUUAUCGUCCUGAAUCAACGAGCAACAUUCAUCCAUCAUGGGGAACGCGUCCAUUUGAAAUUGCCAAUGAAGUGCAACAGGAUCAGCAAGGUGUUCAACAAAUCGACUUGGUUGGACCAGUUCCUUUGCAGCAACAUCAGCAGCAACCAGAAGAGGUAGUUGGUCAACCAGUGGUGAAAUUCGCUCCUCAUCAAGCCUCUCCAGUUCCGCAAGUUUCACCUAUUCCACAAAAUGCCCUGGAGCAGCAAAUUGUCCAACAAGCUAUUCCGAUUCAACCAUUCAACCAGUAUCAAGGACCACGAGAGCAAGCAGCUACUCAACCAACAGUGCCAGUUUCACCAGUCACUCUUAGUUCUCUUCCGGUGCAACAGAAUCCGGAAAUCUCGGUGCAAGCAUUCAAUCAACAAGCUUCUUCCCCAGUGCAGCAAAAUGUUCAGCACUCCCCGGUCCAAAUUAUCAAUUCUGUGAUCCCCACAGUGCAUCCAAAUCUCCAGGAGAAUCUUCACGCGCCCGAAACAAUUCAACAAGCUUCACCUGUGCAACGGCGUACUCCACCUGCCCCAGGCCAACCUAUUAUCCAUGAAAUGCAAAUCGUACAACAAGCUAUACCGGUGCAAGCCGUCAUCCCAGUUCAAUCAACGCUUCCAACGACUUCAGGAAGCAUCCAAAGACAAACUGUCCAAUACCAACAAUCGUCUCCAAUUCAAACAGUGAUUCAUACACAGCAAGUUGUGAUACAUCCAGUGUCGCCAAUUCCACCAGCUGAGAGUUCGUCGCGAACAAAUCGUCGACCCAAUAAGCCGAUUUCUCCAGUUCAACCUGUUUCUCAAAACCCACCAGCGGAAGAUGGGAUCCCGAAAUCGCCACCGGGGAGUCCACUAUCAGUCCCAGAAGAGUUUCAUGUAGACAAACGAAGUCACAAGGAGAAAUCGUCAAAAAUCAAGAAGGUGAAGAUUCCUGGGAAGGAUGAUCACAAAUUCAAGCGGCCAAUUUGUGAUAGAGAAAACGAAGAAGCAUCAUACCGGUUGUUUGCAGCGAUGGAAGUCAAAUCCUUAUCCAGUGAGGAAGAAAAGCAACUUUUGAAAGUUCUGGAGCGGCGAGAACGGGAACAUGAACGCUUGCUGGCAAUAAGACCUCAUCACAAGAAGAAAUUCCUGGACGGGCCUAUUCCAAAGCUUCCUCUCUACCUAUUCACUAAAUUCCGGAUUAUAUAUCUCAUCCUCAAAGAUUACAUGUCUUUGAAAGAGAUUGAUAAAGUAAUUGACGAUCGAUGGGAGCAGCAGACUACUGAGCUCUGUAGAGUCUAUCAGAAAGAUCCUAAAGUGUUCAAACGUCCAAGAAUAAGGAUCUCUUGGCCACCGGCAUACUCACUUUCAAGAGCGAUUCGCAGGAAAAUGGAUGAGGAAGAUGAUGAUGAUGUCGUCGCGCCGGUUGAGGCGAGUACGGAAGCUCAAUGCUCUUCGAGUCAACCGAGAAAGUCACAACCGAAGAAAUUGGAAACGAAAGCAGCUCGUAGCAAGUCGAGAGACAAUAAAAAGAAAGUUAUUAGCUGUUUUUUAGAGGCACAGUAUUCACGAAAAAACCAGGCAAAAGAAGGAUGUAUUCCAAAAAUUAGCAACUACCUGAAAAACUAA